AUGGCCAGUCAACUGCCAGAGGAGUCUGUAGAGACCCAGAGCUCAGACGAGCUUGAGUGCAAGAUCUGCUACAACCGCUAUAACCUGCGGCAGAGAAAACCAAAAGUGCUGGAGUGUUGUCACAGAGUUUGUGCCAAAUGCCUUUGCAAGAUCAUAGACUUUGGUGAUUCCCCGCAAGGAGUCAUAGUGUGCCCGUUCUGCAGGUUUGAAACGUGCCUGCCAGACGAUGAGGUUAGUAGUCUUCCUGAUGACAACAACAUCCUCCUGAAUUUAGCUUGUGGGGGAAAGGGAAAGAAGUGCCUACCAGACAACCCAACAGAACUGUUGCUGACUCCCAAGAGGUUGGCAUCACUGGUUAGCCCUUCUCACACUUCUUCUAACUGCCUGGUUAUAACAAUCAUGGAAGUACAAAGAGAAAGUCCCCAGACUCUGAACUCAACCCCUGUGGUUGAAUUUUACAGGCCUACGAGUUUUGACUCUGUUGCAACUGUGUCCCACAACUGGACAGUGUGGAACUGCACAUCUUUGCUCUUCCAGACCUCAAUUCGGGUGCUAGUGUGGUUGCUAGGGUUGCUGUACUUCAGCUCCUUGCCUUUAGGGAUUUAUUUACUGGUAUCUAAGAAAGUCACACUUGGGGUUGUCUUUGUAAGCCUUGUUCCUUCAAGCCUCGUUAUUCUCAUGGUUUAUGGCUUUUGCCAGUGUGUUUGCCACGAAGUUCUAGACUGCAUGUCAUCUUGAUAGCAAAUACAGUAAAAUGCGGCAUAUUGCCACGUGUGUAGCAUAACUGAUUCAUCCUAUCUUUGUAUUCUUAUUUAUUCCUAUUGCUGUCCAUGCCACUAAAUGGAAGCAGUGGCCCUAGUUAUAUGGUCCUUUUUUUUCCACUUGACUUGAUUUCUGUCCCCUCCUUUUUUUAAGCUACAUAACAAAAUUUACAUGCUGGUUUUAAAAGGCAGAUUUGUAGAAAGGGAUAAAGCAAAACUGCCAAACUUGGUGCCUUCUGCUGCUGCCACUAUUCAAAUGAGUAGCCCUUUGCUUUCUGUUGGCUUGGUCGUGUCAGUU